CAUCAACAAAAUUCUCAAAGAGGAAAAGAAGCUAACCAAAUUAACACGUUUAGAAUUAAGAAUCGGAAAAUCCCUUGGUAGUUCGUUCACCCUUCAACAAACCAGUACUGUGUUUUGGUUUGACUCGUAAACACGCUCACUUUUUUCAUACUCUUUGGAAUAUUGGUUAGUUUUUCUACGACACCCAGCAAUGUCACAACAUCUUAGCAUUCACACUGCACCAUUCUCUUUAAAAUCUCCAACAACCAAAUCAAAAUCUCUCUCUCUCUGCUGUUUCAGAUCCAGUUUCCCUUUCCCUAACUCACCGUUAAUUUCAAUUUCUUGUGACUGUGCCAACGAAACCCCUUCAAUAGGAGGAGCUAUUCCGUUGAGACAGCAAGGGUUCUUGGAGGAUGACCCUGUUUUCCUUCACAUUCAACCCAUCCUCAGCGAAACCCACUUCGAUCGUGUCGUUGCCGAGGCUCAGCAGCUCCGUCAUUCUCUUCUUAUUGUUUGGAUGGCAACUUGGUGCAGGAAAUGUAUAUAUUUAAAACCAAAAUUGGAAAAGUUGGCAGAAGACUAUUAUCCAAGAUUGCGGUUCUACAGUGUUGAUGUAAAUACAGUUCCACACAAACUUGUUGCUCGUGCCGGUGUGACUAAAAUGCCAACCAUACAACUAUGGAAAGAUGGCAAGAAACAAGCUGAAGUCAUCGGUGGCCAUAAAGCAUAUUUGGUAAUAAAUGAGGUUCAGGAGAUGAUUGAGAAUGAGUGCAAUAUGUGAGUUUUUAGUGCAGCAAACAAAUUCUCCUCUACUUUAAUAUAUCUUAUUAAAUGGUUGUAAUAUAUUUGAUCUAAAAGUUUACACUUCACACGUGUGGUAAUUGCUAGUUUGAGGAGUUAGUUCCCUUAAAGCAACCAAAGAACCUGACUUCCACUAACACUUUGCAUCUUGGCAAAUAUUAUUCUGUAGUCUACUUCCAUUCUUCUGUAUAUUCCCACGGAGCUGAGGAUUGGAGAAUGUAAAAAUUGAGGUUACAAAUAAUCUUCUAAAA